AUGAGUAGUGAUCUUGUGAUUGUGCAUUACAAUGGGCAAUGGAGGGAUGAAGUCACAUAUGAAGGAUAUGAAGUAUGUGGUAUUUUCCAUAAAGAAACUGAACGUUUGAAGGAUUUGAGAGAAGUUGUUGAGAAGAUGAUGGAGAAAGAAUCAACAUAUACUUGUUUGAAGCUACAAUAUCAGACAAAGGAAGGCUACAAACCAAUAACCAUAAGCAACGAGAUGAGCCUUCAAUUUUACAAGGCAUUGAAAAGAAAGGAUCCAGAUUACUCAAGAUACCCAAUUUGUGCAAGUUUGGAACCAAAGCAAACACUGGUCCUCAGACUGACAGAUUUAUUGCGCUGA